CUUAGAAGGAGAAGGAGAACACGGUUUUCCCUAGGCGAAUUUUCCCUAUCCUUAUCUUGGUCGCUCUUCGUUAGCCAGCAGUAACUACCAGUCCGCCAUUGCCGGCCACUGACGAGCCUCCUUCUUAAAAAAGAACAAAAGCAGAGGGCAUGGACUGAGGAGAUUUGCGGCCUUUUUCGGGCGUCCAGAAGUCCCUCCCUCGAGGAUUCUCUCCGAGCCAUUUCUUUCCUUUUCUUUGCCAAUCCUCGCCGUCGUAGGGUCGCCGUGUCAUCAUUGUUGGUUCAGCAAGCGCAGUAAACCCUGUCUUGCCCCUGUUUUUGGGCUGUCAAGAUCCGAAGCAACUCGUACGUGUUUGAAGCUUCAUGGCCGGCGUGCACUCUCAUCGGCAAUACUUUUCAAACCUGUAAACUUGACCAGCAACCGCAACCGAGAUCUCCUCCUUGGCAAGGCUCUCUCGUGUCCAAACCAUGUUGCUUCCAAUCCUACUCUCACUCUUCCUCGGUUCUCAGGAAGCUUAUUCUUCAACUUCCUCUUCAAGUCUUGAGCCUACAAGUUUCUUUUUCCCUUCUUUCAACCUUGGCUCCUGCACUAGUAAAGAGCUCAUUUGCAUGGGCUCCGUAAGCUCGCAAGAUGGGUAUUUGAACAUCACGCCGGAGCGGGGUAAUUCAAGCCUUACUCCGAUGCCGAUAAACCAGGUAGGACGGGUUCUUUAUUCCCAGCCAGUGGUUGCUUGGCCUGCCAUGAUCUCCACCACAUUCACUAUCAGGAUCACCCCACCGCUGAAUUCCACAAUCUCUGGCGACGGGAUGGCUUUCCUUUUUGCACAGGACGAUAGCCCCUCACCGCCUAACAGUACCGGCUCAUACAUGGGGAUUCUUGAUCGGUCUACUCAAGGUGGCGUUGUUCGACAACUAGCCGUGGAGAUGGACACUUACAUGAACGAGUUUGAUAUUGAUGGGAACCACGUAGGCAUAGACACAACGAGCACUACUAACUCAAUCAUUGCCCAGAGCCUAAUGAGCAUAGGAGUGAACCUAAGAAGUGGAAGGGACAUUAGAGUCAAAAUUGAAUAUGAUGGCUAUAAAAAUAAAUUCCAAAUCUCAAUAGCAUAUUCUGGGAAUUCGCUAACAAGCGUUCUCAAUUAUUCGAUCAAAAUGUCAGAAACGGUCCCUAGGCUCGUGUACGUGGGCUUUUCGGGAGGCACUGGUCCUCUUCCCGAAAGCCACCAGGUGAUUAACUGGGCAUUCAGCUCUUUUCCUUUAUCUACGGAGGAUAAGCGGCUCAAGAGAGACAACAGGAUCAAAACCAUACUGGUUCUAGUCGUGCCAAGUGUGAUGACGGUAUUGUUCAUUAUUAUAUGCGUCUACCUUGUUAAGAGAGCACCAAGGAAGAAAGACAAGAAGGACGCCGACAUAGAGAGCCAAUCAAGGGAGGCAGCAAACGUUCCAAAGAUGUUCACCUACAAGGAGCUAGCAAAGGCCACUCGCAACUUCAGCAAGGACAACUUGCUCGGCACUGGCGGUUUUGGAAGUGUUUACAAAGGGGUGAUCUUAGAUCCUCCAAUCGAAAUAGCCGUGAAAAGGAUCUCAGCAACCUCGAAACAAGGUGAAAGACAGUAUUUGGCAGAGAUAUGCACAAUUGGGAGGAUGAGGCACAAGAACAUAGUGCAGCUCCAAGGUUGGUGCCACGAGGGGGAACAACUUCUACUAGUCUACCAAUACAUGGCCAACGGUAGCCUUGACCGCUUUAUCGGCAAGUUAUCCCUCAAUUGGGAGACUCGGUAUGAGAUCCUGACUGGUGUGGCCUCAGCGUUACUUUACCUCCAUGAAGAAUGUGGGAACCCUGUGGUCCACCGGGAUGUCAAGCCCAACAAUGUCAUGUUGGACGCCAACUACAAUGCCUACUUGGGUGACUUUGGGCUCGCGAGGUUGAUCCAAAGCGAUGUCUCAUUGACAACCAUGCUCGCAGGCACCCCCGGGUACCUAGCCCCGGAGGUGGCAUACUCAGGGAAGGCCACUUCAGAGUCAGAUGUGUACAGCUUUGGGACGGUGGUCUUGGAGGUGGUGUGCGGGAAGAGGUCAAAGGAGAUCAUAGAAGAGAACAACUUGGUGGAUUAUGUGUGGAAUCUCUACGGAGAAGGCUCGCUCUUGGAGUGUGUAGAUAAGCAAAUGGAAGGCCAAUUUGAUGAGGAACAAGUGGAGAGGGCACUGAUAGUGGGCCUUGCUUGCUUGCACCCAUACUCUGCGUGCAGGCCGAGGAUGCGAAAGGUGGUCCAAACUUUCCUAAACCCGGAUGAGCCACUGAUGGAUUUGCCCAAGUCCCGGCCUAGCAUGACCAUUGUGCCAGUCUCAUUUUCAGGCUUGACCACCGUUGGCUACUCCUCCACCUCCAGGACCAAGUCCCCAUUCAUUCGUUCACAGCUCAGUUCACCACAGGAGAUAGAACUUAAUCAUGAACAGGGGAUGCCAAGGUUGCGUUAAUGGUCUUGAGAAUUAAAGAUUGUAUCAGAAAAUUUCAAUUGAGAGUCAUACAUGAUAAGUUUUACUCUGUAUUAUGCUACGAUGUAGUGCAUAAUGGAUACACUUUGAAGCUAGGUUUGCUAUAUUUACAUUCCUCUAUGAAUAUUAUGUUCUUAUGUGAAAUCAAGUUGGAGUCGUUCAAGUCA